AUGUCGUUAGUGGAAACUGGUUGGCGGCAGUUUACAUUUUUUGAGAAGCACAAUGUUUAUGAUCCGAAUAAUCCUGAAUGCAAAUUUAAUGGAUUAAAGGAUCUGAAAGCAUCUCUUUCUGUAUCUGGUGUUGGAUUUACGGUAUUCGGAGAACCAUGUGGCGCAAUAUUCAAAUUAUCACGUAAUUUGGAGGAAUAUUGUUGGAUUGCCCAUAAACGCUCACUGGCAGAUAUAGCUCUCGCUGGUCUUAUUCUUGGUACAGUUGGAGAAGAUGAAGAUGGGAUUAACUCAUUAGUUAAAUUGUGGCAAUUGGAUCGAAUUGAGAAAGAUGCACCAUUUUGCAUACGCGUGAUACGUGUAUGUCCUUUGUUAGGUGUUGGACGUAGUACGCGGGCAUGUGCCAUUGCGUUGCAUUCAUCUGCGCAACAUAUGGCUGUUGGUUUCGUUGAUUCCUCCGUUAUUUAUUCUGCAAGUAAUAUCAAAGAAAAAUCUAGUAAAUGGCUUACUGUGGUUAAUGGUCCAACUACAGGGCCAGGUGACGAAGUAACAGGUGUUUUCCUUGCAUGGGUUGCUACGCAGGAUCUCUGUAUCUUAUACUGUUUAACGUCGACGUCUGUAUUGUCGUUUUCAAUUGCCAACAAAACCGUUACAAAUAAGGUUGUAUACGAUGCGAAAGGUUGUCUUCAUGACUGCUGGAGUUUUAAUGAAGCGCGAAAUCAACUUAUUGUGGGUAGUACUGAGAUGGUACACUUUUAUGACGCAGAACGGAGUUUGACUGCUGAUCCUGAUAGUGGGAAGGGUCGUUGUCAUGCUCUUGGUCGAAGCAAUGAAAAGAUUCAAUUAAUUGCAUUUGAUCACCACGUUGCAUUACUUACACGACAACCAACUGCUAUACCGUCAUCAAAUGAAAUGUGGACAUAUGUUGUUUCGAUAUAUGAUACUGAAGGACAAUGUGUUGCAUUUUCGUGUGCACUUCCUGCUGUUUCAAGGAUGUUUUUAUUGGAUAACGUGUUAAUGGUUCUUAGUCAAGACGGAACACUUUCAGCUCUUACAGAGAAAAGCAUCAGCUCGAAAUUGGAUAUUUUAUUCAAGAAAAAUCUAUAUGAUCUCGCUGUUGGGGUUGCCAAGAGAAGUUCAGUUGCUUCGGAAUAUCUUCCUGAAAUUUAUAAGAAAUACGGUGAUUAUUUGUACAGAAGUGGGGAUUUUGAAAAUGCAGUGCAACAGUAUGCGGAAACUGUUGGAUACCUUGAGCCAUCAUAUGUUAUUAAAAAGUUCCUGGAUGGUGCUCAUAUAAAAGAAUUGUGCAUGUAUUUAGAAGUGCUUCACGCUAGAGGUAAGGCGAAUAGUCAUCAUACUACCAUAUUAUUAAACUGUUACACCCGUUUGGCAGCACAUGAUAAAAUUCGUGAUUUUAUUGACCGUGAUUUUGAGUGCAAUAUUGAAACAGCUGUUCAGGUGCUUCGUGCAGCAAAUUUUACUACGGAAGCGUGCCAUCUCUGUGCGAAGCAUAAACAGCAUGAUGCGCUAUUAAGCAUCUUAAUCGAAGAUCGAGCCGAUUAUAAAUCUGCGAUUAAAUAUAUUUCUAAACUAGAAACUUCCCAGAUUGAACUAUGCUUGGAAAAGUUCGGAAAAUGUUUAUUGGUAAACAACCCUGAAGAAACGAUGAAGCUGUUAUCGGAUAGAGCUUGUUUCAGCCAAAUCAACGCUCCUGCUUUGAUGAAAGUAUUUAUUGGUCUACCUUCGCAAUGUACCAAAUUUAUAGAAACAGCAUUGAAGGAUAAGAAAAAUAAUGAGAAAUUGCGUAAUUUGCUGCUAGAACUUCGUCUUCGUCAGUGGUCACUGCGUAACGAGGUUUUUUUAUUCGAUUUUGAUUUUAAUGCAGGAAUAUGGAUAUAAUACGAUAAACUUAUCGAAUACUAUAUGCGACAAAACAAGCUCAGAGAAAUUGUCAAAUUUUGCGAGGAAGAAAACAAUCGUGACUUGUGGAUCGACGCAGUGGUAUUUGCUUCCCGUGGAAAGGAUAUAGAUUCCGAUGCAAUAAAGAUUGAAGCAACGAAUAGUAUCCAUCCACUUGUGGUUCUCGAAAUUCUUUCCAAAAGUGAUAAAAUUUGCGUUGGUCACGUGAGAGAUUAUAUUAUUAAUUGGUUGGAGCGGCAAAAUGCUCAGAUCAAGAAAGAUGAAGAAACAAUUGUUAAAAACGAAGCGAAAAUGGCUGAAAUUGAGGAGCAAAUUGAUAAUAUUACUUACAAGGUUCAAAUUUUUCAAAUGAACAAAUGCUCUGCAUGUGACACCUCUCUUCAACUACCUGCUAUACAUUUCUUAUGCAAACAUUCCUACCAUGCUCACUGUCUAGAGUCGUAUAGUGAAAAGGCUGAUUAUUGUCCAGCUUGUGUACAAGACAAAUUUAACGAAAGGAUACGAAGUGAUAAAGGACAAGAUUUCUCCACGCGUAGUGCUUAUCUUCAAUUUCAAAAUGAGGUAAAGGAAUCAGCUGAUUGUAUGACUCUUAUUUCUUCAUAUAUUGGCAAUGGGCUUUUCGAUCCGUGGUCGAAGGAAAAAGACUCCAAGAAUGAAAGUGACGUAGUUAGUCCUCAAUCGGAUACUAGUUCGUCGAACAGAAUAAAUCUAAGUCAGUUUGAGGAUCGAUCAUCCAAAGAGACAAGUUCGAUGGACACAACAGCACGUAAUCCUUUCCUUACUUCAAAAACUAUGAAUUCACGUGCGAUAAAAUCUGUGCGAUCUACUAAUCCUUUUGAUAUUGAUGAAGAUACAAAGAACCCCUUCGAAGAAGAUUUAUGA